UACUCGCCGUAUCCAUACACAUUGUUAGUAGCUAUGCGCUUACAGUCAACCACAAUUGUCCAAAUUUUUAAAAAUUUAUUCACAGCACGUUUAGUAGUCACUUCAUCACUUCUUGGCUUUAAGCAAGUUUUGAGGAUUUAGUUUAACCGUCACUUAAUUGGAAUCUGUCAGCAUGGUCAACGUACACAAAGGUGUCCUGAUAGAGUGUGACCCUGCCAUGAAGCAGUUCCUCCUCUACUUAGAUGAAACUAUGGCCUUGGGAAAGAAGUUCAUCCUCAACGACUUGGACGACACACACGUCUUCAUCUUGGCAGAGGUGGUUCAGACCCUCCAGGAAAGAGUCGGAGAAUUAAUGGACCAGAAUUCAUUCCCUAUCACACAGAAAUAACACCACCCUUUAAGGACUGUCUAUUUUUAGACUCAGGGCUCCUUGUUUUUUCUUUAAAUAGGUUUAUUUUAAAUUAUUUGCACCGGUAUAACAACUUUCUGAAAGGAAGUGCUAUCACUUGUAAAUGUGGAAAAAUACAUUUUGCUUCACAAAUGCAUUGGGAUGGAGUGCCAUUUGUACUGCCGUGGGUUCUGUUUGUUUUCAGGAAUUGUUUGAUUGUAUGUCAUCAGUUUCUUGAUUUUAUGAUUAUAUACCAGUGUUUGUGCACGUUACAGGCUGUUUCAUCAAGAUAAAACUCAUAAUGUGCAACACAUCACAGUUUGUGUUGUAUUGAAAAAUUAUAAAAGGUAGCACGUCUGAUUUCCAAGUUAAAUCAUAUUUGACCAAUUGUGAUGAUAUUAUUUAAGAUCAUGAGCAGUAUGUAAUAUAGACUUACCACUACGUCCAUGACUAUACUGAAGUUAACUGGUUUGCACUCGUCCUUGAAGUUCUAUAUGAUUAAGAAAACCAUGAUGCCUGCCAGACAAGAUGUGCUACACAAACUGUCCCAUGCAUACUCAACACAAUGGCUCUCAUUUAUCAGUCUAUCGAAAACACCGACACAGGUUUGUGUCUCAGAAAUCAUUAAGACAACAUUCAGGUGUGAUUCAUGGUCAUAUUCUGCCAGUACCAAUCAACAACCACCUGGCUUUAAUAAAUCCAGCAGCCAGAAAUAAUCACAUUAAAAUAUCACCUGUU